GUACCAAAACAAUCCAUUAUAUUUAGUCAUUAUAUUAUAAACUAGUUACUAGUAGUUCUUUAACUGUAAAUACGUGUGCCAUGAGAGCAUCAUGUGGACUUGAGCCUGCUCAUGUGCACGAGCUUCGAGAUGCUCUUCAAGAAACUAGUCAAAAUGGGUAUGACUUCACAAGCAUACCUCUUGUUCAUCCACGCCUUGUUCGAGAACAUGUGUCAGGAGCUGCGGCAGCCAGGCCAGGUCCCUUCACCAGAUCAGACAUGCUGCUGUCAACAUCUGAUUGGAGCAACUUGGUCGUAGUGGCUUUAAAUGCAAGUGCUUGUCAGGGCUGUGAUAGCGGCAACAGGAACGUUGUGGCCAACAGUGAGGCAUCUCUUCAGCAAGAGCUUCUUCUGGCAUCUCAUUUGAGUGUUCCCGUUGUGAUGGCACGAAUCACGUCACAGUAUUGCAUCAAUCUUGCCAGGAUUCUGCAUAACAAAGUGGUGGCUGGCUGCUCUUACCUGGUGUGGGUGCGUGUUCCAUUGGUGUCACCUGCUGACGAGGCUGCUUAUUUCAGGAGCGAUAUUAAAGCACCAAACAACACUGACACCUGGACUUGGUGGAACAGAUUCCACUCCAUAGCCAAUACUGAAAAGAAGAUUGGCUUGUGCCUAGAGAUCGGGGCUGAUUUGCCUGAUGAAGAAGUCUUAGAGAGAUGGCUGGGUGAACCGGUACGCUGCGCUGUAUUGCCAACAAGUAUUUGGCUGACAAACAAGAAAGGAUUUCCAGUGUUGUCCUCGCGUCACCAGCUGUUUGUGAAGAAACUGCACAAACUGCAUUCGCAGUUCCUCAUAACUGGACACCUCAGACACCCGCACCUCAAGUUCUACCAACAGUACCUUGAUCACAUCGUGCAGAGCGAGCAGCAAAACGAGGAUGCAAUGAGCCAGUAUGUGCGUGGCUACGAAGACUAUCUGCAGUGUCCCCUACAGCCGCUAAUGGAUAACCUGGAAAGCCAAACUUAUGAAGUGUUCGAGAAAGAUCCCAUCAAAUACCAGGAGUACGAGCGCGCCAUCUACGAUGCUCUCGUAGACUUGGUCCCCGAAGAAAACAAAGAUGAACGCACCGUGGUGGUGAUGGUGGUCGGAGCUGGCCGAGGUCCUCUGGUGCGGCGAGCGUUAACUGCGGCCAGUCAAGCUGACCGCAAAAUCAAGCUCUACGCCGUCGAGAAAAACCCCAACGCAGUCCUAACCCUACAUGCAUGGCAGGAGAUGGAGUGGGGAGAUAAGGUUUCAGUUGUGUCGUGCGACAUGCGGGACUGGCAAGCGCCUGAGGAGGCUGACAUUCUUGUGUCUGAACUUCUUGGUUCUUUCGGCGACAAUGAGCUGUCGCCCGAGUGUCUUGAUGGCGCUCAAAAAUUUCUUAAAUCGGAUGGGAUCAGUAUUCCGAGCAGCUACACUUCAUACAUCGCACCGCUGCAGUCCCCGAAGCUGUACAACGAAGUGCGGAGCUGUCGCGAGAAGGACAAGCACUUCCUGCAUCAUUAUGAGACGCCGUAUGUCGUUUACCUGCACAACAAGAGGGAGAUUGCUCCUUCUCAGGAACUUUUCACCUUCAAUCAUCCCAAUAGGAGUGCCCACAUUGACAACAGACGCCACAAAGCUCUGCAAUUCCGCGUAACGGAAGAUAGCGCCAUGCACGCCAUUGCAGGUUAUUUUGAGGCAACGCUGUACAAAGAAGUGAAGAUCAGCAUCCGACCUGAGACGCAUUCGCCUGGCAUGUUCUCAUGGUUCCCUAUUCUUUUUCCCAUCAAAGAACCUAUCAAUGUACAUGCGGGCGAAAUAAUCGAGAUACACUUCUGGAGGUGCGUCACAAGCAAGAACGUGUGGUACGAAUGGUGUGUCACGGAUCCAGUGAGCUCCGCGAUUCAUAACCCUAAUGGGCGGGCGUACACCAUAGGUUUAUAACCAAGUAUGUUAUCUAUCAAUUCAGUUGCCUUCCCAAUAGUAGAUAAUUUUGUGUAAAACUUUCAUUCCUGUUAUAUAAUGCAGCAAGGUGGCAUUUAGUACGGUUAUUUUUUUGUAAACGAUUCAUUGUAAUUAGGGAUACCUACGAAAACGGUACGGAGCUAUGAAUAUACAUCAGGAAUCGGAGGUCACCAAUUCAGAUUCUAUGCUAAUGACAAAAAUAGUACGCAAUGGCUCUCCAGUCUGUAGUCUUUUCAUAAUUGCUGGGUCAUAGUUAACUCUCUACUUAACUGAACUAGGAUCUCUUCUUCCAUUCCGUGUUAUUUCUCGCAUAGUCAGGCAAAAUAUAGCGUAGUAAAACUUAUAUAUUGCACAAAUUUACUCCUAUGGCGUGCUCCCCUGGGGUAGUGGGAACCAAGUUAUUUAUUAUUUAAUCAACGACCCAAGUUACUCAUUAUUCAUACAAGAUUAGCUUGGCUUGUAAAGACACAACAAUAG